UGAACUGCUCUGUCUUCUCCCCGUCACUAGGCGCAUAUCAUUGCUCGCCGGCCAGGACCUCACAAUACUCUAGGCGUUGUAGCCCGCGCUGGCGUGCGCUGCUCAUGGUCCUCCGCCAUGGCACCUCCGACAUCGACCAAGCUAGGCACCGCCUCAGGAGUCUACGUCCCUGUCGUACUCAACAUUCUUAGCAUCCUCAUGUUUUUACGCUUUGGUUCUAUCCUGGGAAGCAUUGGUCUGUUUGGUUUUCUCGGACUGCUGGUGAUUGCCUACCUCAUCAACCUUGCAACGGCGCUCUCCUUGUCCGCCAUCGCCUCCAAUGGUGAGGUCAAAGGUGGCGGUGCCUACUAUCUCAUUUCCAGGUCUCUCGGCCCAGAAUUUGGAGGCUCCAUCGGCAUCCUAUUCUACCUCUCCCAGGUCUUGAAUACGUCACUGAAUAUUGUUGGUCUCGUCGAUUGCUUGCGGCUCAAUCUGCCUGGACUGUUGCCACCCGGCUACUGGGCAAAUUAUGGCAUACAGUCGUGUGCCAUGGUGCUGUGUACGGCACUCUGUCUUGCUGGCAGCGCCAUGUUCGCACGAGCCAGCAAUGGACUGCUUCUGGUGCUCAUUAUCUCGAUUGUCAGCAUUCCGGUGACUGCUCUUGUUCAGGGCCCAUAUAACGACGUCGAUAGCGGGAUACACUUCACCGGACCCAGCCUCGCCACGCUACGCGGCAACCUAUAUCCGGCGCUUAAGGGCUCGGGUAUCAGCAGUGCUGCCUCCUUCAGGUCGAUGUUUGGCGUGCUCUUCCCUGCAACUUCUGGCAUCUUCGCAGGCGCUUCCAUGUCUGGCGACCUUCGAAAUCCCAGCAAGAGCAUUCCUCGGGGGACGCUGUGGGCAAUGCUGACGACUCUAUUGUGCUACUUGCUUGUGAUCAUGUCCUUGGCAUUUAGCACGACCCAGCACUCAUUCCUGCGCAACACCAACAUCAUAUAUGCCACAAAUGUGUUUCCACCAGUGAUCCUUGCUGGCGAAUGUGCAACAACAUUCUUCUCGGCCUUGAUGGGCAUUAUGGGAGCUGCCAAACUCUUGCAAGCCCUCACGCGGGACAAGUUACUACCAGGUCUUUCCUUGUUCAGCAAAGGGACAAAAGGGUCAGAUGAUCCCAUCUUCGCAGUACUAAUCACCUUUACCAUCGCUCAGCUGGCAUUGUUUGCCGAGUUGAACCAGAUCGCAACCCUGAUUGCCAUGGGUUACCAGAUGACAUUCUUUGUCAUGAAUUUGGCAUGUUUUCUACUCAAAAUCGGGUCAGCGCCGAACUUUCGACCAGCGUUCAAAUUCUUCAACUGGCAAACCGCCUUCAUAGGCAGUAUCUUGUCGGCUUUCGCUAUGUUCUUCAUUGACGAGACAUAUGCGACUUCGGCCAUUUGUCUGCUGGUCCUGCUCUUCCUGCUUAUCCACUAUUUCAGCCCACCAAAGCAUUGGGGUGAUGUCUCUCAGAACCUUAUCUAUCAUCAAGUACGCAAAUAUCUCCUUCGACUCAAGCCAGAGCACAUCAAAUUCUGGAGGCCACAAAUCAUACUGCUCGUCAACGAUCCGCGGCAUCAUACACGUCUCAUCCAGUUUUGCAACUCCCUGAAGAAGGGCUCGCUAUACAUAUUAGGUCAUGUCAUCGUGACAGACAAUUUCAACUCCGGCAUACAUGAAGCCAAGCUCCAACAAUCCGCAUGGACUCAGUACAUCUCGGAGUAUUCUCGUAUCAAAGCGUUUGUGCAGCUCAACAUGUCACCUAGUAUCGUCUGGGGAGUCCGAAACCUGAUAUUAUCAGCUGGCCUUGGCGGAAUGCGACCCAAUAUUGCCGUUCUGGGCUUCUACAACCUCGAUGACCUGAGACAUGCUCGCCCCGAGCUGAAUUUGCCCACGACGCAGUCUUUCCGUGACGAAAUACAGUCGAAGUCUGGAAUGGGAGCGAACCGACCUAAGCGGAGACGUCGUGGAGAUACAUCUGCGCGCUUACUGGAAAGCCUUCUGCCCACAGACACGAUUAGGACAGAAAGCAUGAUGUCGCCGGUCCAGUAUAUGACUAUAUUGGAAGACCUUGCGCUGAGAAACAGACUCAAUGUUGCUGUUGGCAAGGGCUUCCAGGCUCUCGAGACGCCGAGAGAUGACGGCACGAAUUCAAAGCGAUUCAUAGACCUGUGGCCGAUCCAGAUGUCUGCUGAGAUUACGACUGGAGAUAAGAGUUUCCUCACAACCAAUUUUGAUACCUAUACCCUCAUCCUUCAGUUAGGAUUUAUACUCAAAAGCGUCGCUUCAUGGAAAACCGUCUACCGCUUGAGAGUUCUGGUCUUCGUAGAAUACGAGGUAGAAGUCGAAGAAGAGCGGAAACGGCUCAAAGCUCUACUGGACAAAUUGAGAAUUGAUGCCGACGUGUCGGUCUUUGCCCUCGCUUCGGGAGAGCUCGAAUGUUACGAGACUAUCAUCAACGGCAAACCCACAAGCGCCAGCGUUGAAUCCCAUAUCGAGAACACGCUCAAAGGUGAUGAUUGGUGGCGGGAGCUUCAGCGUUUGCGCGGUCAAGGAUCUCCAGAGCAUCACGUUCCGCAAGCAUUGAGCUUUGGAGAUAUGCUUGACAGGAAUCGACGACGAGGUUCAUCCCCUAGGAUGGGAGCCGAUCUGGCAGCCGAACGGAGAGCAAGUCACGGCGAACGGCCCAACCUACCAAAAAAGCCAACAGUUUCCGCGCUGUCUAAGAUGGGCGUCAACAUUGGCAUGCACACGCACCAAUUGGGCGCAACCACAGCAGAUGGAAGACUACAGAACAUCAACAACUUCUACGAGCCCAGUGAGCGCGAUGAGGACGAUGAGGAUGUGAUCGACAGCAGCGAGAGCGAUUCUGACGCGUCAGAUGCGGACUUCAAUGAUGAGGAGACCUUGCUUGGCCCUCACGAGCCACAAACACAACUUUCUGAGAGCGCGCCAAUGAGGCGGCGCUUCUCUAUACUCGCGGGAUUGAGAAGGAGUAGCACGCCACUUCAGCGGCCUCUCCUAGCUGGCCAGAAUCAGACUGUCGGAGGCCAAGAAGCUUCCAACAAGUCAUCGAGUUAUGGCACGAUGACUGAACCUGCAAGGGACAAUCGAGUCGCCGCAGCCGAGUAUUUUCCGCCAUAUCACGCCCCGCCAUUACAGACUACAUCAAAUGCCUCGGCUGCUGCGCCUCAACAGUCAUUGCCAGCCAGGCCCGCACUAUCUCGCCAUGCAUCUUCGUCCAGGUUUACUAGUAACCCCACACCAGAUACCAAGAUCAGCGUAGAGAAUGGGGAUCAGCCUGUGAUCUCCUUUGCCGAAUCAAAAAGGCCUACGGACAGGACGGCUGCCGAUGUGGCGCAAGGACGGCCACCACGCCCAGGCUUGGCGAGAACAGCGUCAGCAGGUAACUUCUCAAGUGGUGUGGUGCCCGAGAUGGUGGCUCUGGACAGUACUGGCGAUGCAUCACGCCUUGGAUUCAGCCAUGCAGCCACGACCAGUCACCAGCAUACGAGAACCAGCAGUACGCCCAGAUGGAGGACACCAGCUCAUUCGCGCAGAAAUUCUGGUGUGCUGCAACAAGACGGUGCGUCUGAGGAACCGAUUCCCAAGAAUGCGCUCUCUGACGUUUCAGAGCCUCGCAAUGAGAGGAAUCCGGAACAGCACGAGGCUGGUGGUACACCAGGAUCUGUUUAUACCACACAGGGACUGCCAUUAUCCUUCAACGAUCUUCCGAGCACUGCUCAGCACCUAGUCCUCAAUGAGCUAAUGCGGAGGGAGAGCCGCGACACUGCGGUCAUGUUCACAACACUGCCCAUCCCAGAAGAAGGGACCUGUGAGGACGAGCACGCCAGUCUAGCGUACCUGUCAGAUAUUGAGGUACUCUGUGAUGGGCUGCCGCCUGUAUUGUUGGUGUUGAGCAACAAUAUGACGGUAACGGUGAGCUUGUAGGCGACGUGCCGUGUUCCCAACUCAGUUGUCGUCCUGUAGCUCAAUGGCGGCGUGCACGACAAAGCCGCGUUGGAAGCUCGACAAACAAUCGGAAUUAUGAAUGCCGUGUCCAAAUGGUGACGGCGCGAUGGCGGAUUAGCCUGCUCGCGUAAAAAGGAAACGUAGCUUGGGUGUUGGCCAUGCAACUUUGAACAUAGAUAUCACUCACAUGCAAAACCACUUCAUAAGCAAAAGCACACAGGCGCUCUUGCAGGC